CCGGGACAAAGGCGGCGCCACCAUGGCCCUCAGCGCGGCGCUCGGCCGGGGCGACCGGGGCUCGGGGAACAAGGACCUGGAAUCCCUCGACACCUACAUACAGAACACACUCUCUGCCCUCUACCCACCUUUCGAGGCCACGGCAGCCACAGUGCUCUGGCAGCUGCUCAGCGUGGCCGAGAAGCUCUACGGUGGGGACGGGCUGCGCUGCCUCCUGGACUUCCUCAUCCCAGCCAAGAGGGCCCUGCAGCACCUGCAGCGGGAGGCCCGUGCCAGGUAUGCAGGCCUCCUCUUCCUGCACGAAGGGUGGCCGCUGUGCAUCCACGAGAAGGUGGUGGUGCAGCUGGCGCCCCUGCACGGAGUCAGGCUCAGGCCUGGGGACUUCUACCUGCAGAUCACUGUGGCGGCGGGGAGGCAGCCCGCCAGACUGGUCUUGAAACGCCUUUCCCGGCUUGGACAAGGCUCAGAGGAAGUCAUUGUCCCUGAGACCAUGUACGGCUGUGUCUUCACGGGAGAGUUCCUGGAACUGGUGAACGGGGAGCAGAACGGUGUCCCCUUGCAAAACUGCUUGCUGACCUUGGGCUCGGUGGUCUACCGCACCCCCUGGAACAACGUCACAGACCCUGUCUUUGUCCCCACCACCGGAACCAACCUGCCCAGCUGCCCCAGCGGUCCUGGGCCUCAGCAGCCACCACCCGACAGCGCCUCGGAGGCUCCAGCCCCGGCGCCAACCGUGGCCAGCCCCGCUCCCCAGGGCGGCACACCUUCCAAGCACACCCCAACCCUGCCCCACUGCAGUGGGCAUCCCAGCAGUAACCAGCCCCGCCGUCUUCCUUCCCCAAGAAGGGCUGAGUGCGAAAGCCCUGGGACCCUGUCCGGGAGUCCCAGUGGAGGCCUCAGGGGGGUUGGCCCCUCAGAGCAGGACCCCUGGGAGUGUCCUGAGAGCCCUGAAGGACCAGGAGGGAGGCUGGACCCCAUGGACAAGAAGGACGGCUCCAAGGCCCUCGCCUUCCACGCAGAGGGGGGCAGCCCGAGCUCUAGGAGGCGGCCGCCCAGAACCCCAGCCAGUGUGGAGGCCAGACGCUGGUUCAGGAAGUCCUACAUGGAGGCCCUGCAGAACCCUAUGCCCCUGGGCUCCAGCUCUGAGGAAUCCAUCGGGGAUGAGGCCUGUGGCUCCCAGACCCACGGCCGCAGGGCCAGGGGGGCCAGGGCAGCGGCCAGUCUUACCCAGAAAGAGAUCCCUGGCCCUGCGGGAGACCCCCAGGAGAUCCCGAGACAAGAGAAUGGUCCAGGAGCUGCAGGGAGGACCCUUCCCAGGAGGUCUCGAUCCUGGGAUAGGUCCCUCAGAAGCUCCCGAGGUGACACCUGGCGGGCCUCCCAGCACUUAGCCAGCACCAGGCCUGGGGGUCUCCUGGGAGGACAAGCUGUGGGGACCAGAACCACAGGCUCCAGCUGUCCAGGCACAGUGGAGAGUCCCAGCUGCACAGGAGAGGAAGCUGAUGUCUCUGCAGAGGGCAGCAGCUUCCGAGGAAGCAGCCCCAGCCGGUGUUCGGACCUGCUUGCUGAGCCGCUGUGCCCCGAGGGUGAAGCGUGGGCACCUGGCACAGGAGACCUGCCCAGCCGGGCGCCCAGGCAGGAGCUGGAACUCAACCAGGAGCUACUGCAGUCCGGGGCGGUCACCCUCCCAGGAACCCGAGACCGUCAGGGAAGAGCGGUGGUGCAGGUCUGUACAAGGGGCCCACUCUGGUCCAGCGAACACAUGUCCAGUGCCGAGCUAACCCGUCUGCUGAAGUACCUCCACACCAUCCCCAGGAAGGAGGUGCGGGAGCUGGGGCUGGUCAUCCUGGUGGACGCACGCAAGAGCCUGGCCGCCCCCGCCCUCUCCCAGGCCCUGGCAGCCCUGCAGAACACAUCUCCUCCCUUAAUUCAUAGUAUUUUGCUGCUGGUGGAUAAAGAAUCAGCAUUUAGGCCUGACAAGGAUGCAACAAUUCAGUGUGAGCUGGUGGGUUCCCUGAAGGCCCUGCACAAAUUUGUCGACAGCUCCCAGCUGACUGCAGACCUCGAGGGCUCCUUUCCCUACAGCCACAGUGCCUGGAUCUGCUUCCGUCGGAAGCUGGAGCCCUUCACCUCAAACUGCGAGGAAGCCAUUGUUUUCCUACAAAAUUCAGUCCACUCCCUGAACACCCACAGGACCCCAAGCACAGCACAGGAGGUCGCAGAGUUGAUCGGCAAGCACAGGGCGAUGAUGAAGCAUGUCCUGGAAGACGCGCGGCUGGUGGCCCUCCGGCUGGAAGGCGGCACCGUGCUGGCACGGCUGAGGAGGGAGGAGCACGGCGCCGGCCAAGACUACCAGGACACCAUCGAGGCUGCCUGCAGGCUGUACAACCAAGUAGACGAAGAGGUCCACAGGCUGGUCCUCGCCUCCAACAGGUGUCUGCAGGCACUGGAGAAGCUCCAGGAGCGAGGACACCAGUCAGGGCUCCAGGGGGGAGGUGACCAGACCACAUCGUGGUUUGAAAAAGAAAGAGAGAAAUUCCUCGGGCCUUUGGAGCUGCUGUCUCUGGGGAAUGCAAAGCAGUGGCAGGCGUCCCAGGCUCUCCCGGACAGGCUGACGCAAUAUCGUCCGAAAGGGCUACGGCUGAUGGAAGAGGACUUGCAAGGUGCAGAGGAAGGGACCCAGGACUUCAGAAGGAGUCUGAGCGCCAAGGCCGGCCUGGCUGAGCGGAGGGAGGGUGAGCUGGCCAGGCAGGCCCUCGGGUCCGAGUCCUGCGAGACGGUGAGCGGGCGGACGCUGCGGUGCAGUCAGUGCCUAGAGCACCCGGACCCAGAGCUGGUCACCGAGGAUCUGAAGCGGUGUCGCCGGCAGGCCGUGCAGAGCUUCCCCAGGGCGAGCGUGGUGGUGGUGGGCCCCGGCGGCCAGUGGGCGCUGCCACGGGGCCAAACCUUGUGGCUGCAGAGCCGGCAGACCCGACGCCACUGGCAAGAGGCCCUUGGAGAAGAGGCCCCGGGCCCCGGCACCCUGCCUCUGGGCUGGAGCCCCCUGAAGCACGAGCUUGCCCAGGGACCCGAGGGGCAGCCCCUUGAGCCUUCCUGGACCCCUCCUGCUGACCCCGAGGGCCGAGCUGGGGAGUGGGCCUGACUGCUGCCCGGCCUCGCCGGACAAGCUGCUGUGUGUGGGCAGGGCGAGCACCUGCGCCCAGGUGUGCACGCACAGGACAGCAGCGGCACCUGCUCCCCGCACCCCAGGAAGCACCCCCCGCAGAAAAUUAGGAAGAAAGCACAAAGCUUCGCGACUCCUCAGCUUGACAGUGGCCCCAGCGACUCCCUCCGGCUGGGCCACACUGGGGUCUUCAUCAAAGGCCUGGAGGUGAUCGGCACUGCUGUGGCCUCAGAGAAGCGGCCCCCGCUGAGGCCACGUGCCGAGAGCCCUCGGCUCCCUCGGAACCGGAGUCUGUCCUCUCCCUCCAGGACCCACCCCUCCGAGGAGGAUGGGAAGGGCAAGCUGAAAGGUGAGCCGACGCAGCACGUGAUGGCCGAGAUGAUCUCCACGGAGAGGCAGUAUGUUAGGUCCUUAGGAUAUGUUAUCGACAACUAUUUUCCAGAAAUGGAAAGGACGGACCUGCCCCAGGACCUCCGAGGGAAGCGCAGCGUCAUUUUCGGGAACUGGGAGACUCUCUACGCCUUCCACCACGGGCGCUUCCUCCCGGGGCUGGAGCACUGCCGGCACCGCCCCUGGGCCGUGGGCCACGCGUUCCUGAGAUAUGAGGAGCAGCUUGGCAGGAACGCGCUGUACAGCAAGAACAAGCGGGCGGACGCCCUGCUCUGCAGCCACGGCAACGCCUUCUUCAAGAACAAGCAGCAGGAGCUGGGUGACAAGAUGGACCUGGCCUCCUACUUGCUGAAGCCCGUGCAGCGCGUGUGCAAGUACGCACUGCUGCUCCGGGUCCUGGUCCAGGAGGCUGGCGGCUGCCCCGCCCGUGAGCAGGCGCUGGGCGAGCUGAGGGCCAUAGGACAGGCCUGCGGGGAGGCGCCCACACUUGAGACCCCCCAGACCCCCGCCCAGAGGGAAGGGAACGCCCGGGAGAGGCUGCUGGGGCGGGAGCCACGGGAGGAGAGGCAGGCGGGCUCUCAAUCCUACCGAUUCGCCCCCUGUGGGGGCCAUGGUGGGGCCAGCGCCCAGGGCCAGGAGGAAGAGCGGACCUCCCGGCCGGCCUGCCUGCAGGUGGAUCUGAAGGAACAGGGGCGGCUGAUAUGCCAGGACGAGUUCCUCGUUUGCUGCCGAGGGAAGAAGCACCUGAGGCGUGUGUUCCUGUUUGAAGACCUCAUCCUGUUCAGCAAGACCCAGAAGGUGGACGGGGGCCACGACGUGUACGCGUACGAGCAGUCCUUCAAGAUGGCACAGAUCAGGAUGACGGAGAACGUCGGGGACAGUGGCUUGAGGUUUGAGAUCUGGUUCCGCAGGCGGCGGAAAUCCCAGGACACCUACAUUCGCCAGGCGAGCUCCGCGGAGGUCAAGACCUCCUGGACAGACAUGAUAGGGAAGGUCCUGUGGUGGCAGGCUCUGCGGAGCCGAGAACUCAGGACACAGGAGAUGGUGUCCACUGGGAUAGGCAGCAAGCCAUCCAUGGACGUCAAGCAGCAACGCGGCCAUAAGCGACCGGGCCAUCAGUUACACCGGGAAGGGAACAGGUUAGCGGCCACAGCCCCAGCUCCCGCUCGGCCCCGCCAGCUCAGACGCAGGCGCCGCAGUGCGCCGGGCCCCACGGACCAACACGUCGAGCUGGACGGGUGGCGGCCCCAUGAGGCCCGAUGUGACCGCGGGGGAAGGAACCUAGUAGUUUUCUGGCUGGCCAUCUUGUUCUUGAAUCUAGGCUGCACCUCUACAGCAGAGGCCAAAAGCCUCGUUUUCUGUCCCCGUCCAGAGGCACGGACCCGAGCGUCCACAGCUGUGCCCUCCUGUGACCACACCGCCCCCCUCAAGAGACUGCACUCCACCCUCUCAGACAGCAGCACGUCCUCCUCCAGCAGCCGGUCCUCCUCUGCCCGGGGGCCGCUGCCCCCCGCCCGCGCCCACAAGUCCCGCCCGCUAUCCCUGUCCGUGCGGCGGCGUGCACACCUGCAUGGAGCAGGAGACCGGGAAUUCCGAAUCUUCCCACCGCCCGUCAAGGGACAGCGGCCCCAGCCUCGCAGGCCGUCCCUGCCGCUUGCGGAGCUGUCGUCUGACGAGGACUGUCAGGGUGUCUCGGGAGGGCUCACGGCAGCAACCUGACGGGGACCAGUUCAUCACGGCCGGGUGUCAGGAGAGCCAUGACACCUAACCCCGCAAGUAGGGAGCACAGGAGACCCCAGAAACCCUGGACGCACACACAGAGACAUCAUCCCCUGAAAAGGAGAGACUGAGGGGACCAAUCCCACAGGAAGCCACUCGUCACCAGCCGGGCCUGCCGGUUCAGUGCCUUCACCCACACGGGGUCGUAAAGCUCUCCUCUCUGCAGGCACGUCCCAGGUUCUGGGGCGAUGCCUCCAGCCCCCUCCUGGGCAGCACCAGAAGGGGAGGUCCGAUUUUAAGUGUGUGCUGAGCCAGAGUCCAGGGACCAGUCCUUGGUGCUCACACCUUGGGUCACUCACAGUGACCUGAUCCCUUUGCCAGGACAAAACCCCUCACGUCUCGGGCGUCUGGACGGUGGUUUGACUGGAAGGCCACAAGCUCCACCGUGAUCCCUGAGGCGCUGGGCACACUGCCACCACCCAGGCUGCCCGACCGCGUCUCCACCUUGUCCCGAUGCUUCCAGAGCGCGGAUGCACCACGGAUGUUAACGGCACGCCGGGAGGGGGCGGCGGGCCAGGCCUGGCUGCUCCCCCAUCCCCCCGACUCCCCCCCAAGAGGAGGCUCCCGCCCUGCUCGCCAGACGGCGCAGCUGGCACUGUCACCCCUCCCCACGCCCGACUCAGCGGGGGAGUCCCCUGCGUGCGCCACAGCCCGCACGCGCCCCACACACCCCGCGCGCCGUGCGCGGCACCGCCCUGGGUGGGAGCCGCGGGACACACGCCGUCUCUAGGAAGAGGCCCUGCAGGGUCCUCAUCUGUGAGGCCACUUCCUCCGCGGAGGUCUCAGAGCCUGGGCGUCUUGGGGGGCUGUGAAGGGCGCCAGGAGACCGUCCCAGGCAGGGGCCCGCCUGUCCCACAGCCCCUCCCUCCGCUCCCGCGCUGGGCUGCACUGAGGGCCUGCAGCUGCGAACGUGCGCCCAGAUCUGAUUGAAGGUCUGCCGGUAAAGGUGGAUUCCUUGUGCCUGUCAAGUAGACCGUUUCCUAUAAACCACAUGCGAAGUUGUCCAAGUGCUCCCGUUCACACCGUCGCUGCUUGCGGGACACGUGGGGAGACAUGCACACUCACACUCACGUGCUGGGUCAGAACGGCGAACACAGAACUGGCACAUUGCAGGGCCCGAACCUCUUUCCCCUGGGACUCGGACGCCCAGGGCUGCCGGCUGAGGCUGCAGCCUGCACACUGCUCACUCACUCGCCCAGACCUGUGGGUGUCAGCCUUAGAGGACGCACUCGUUUCUGGGGCCCUAUCCCUGGCCUUGCUGGGCCCCAACUGCUUCUUCAGAAGAUGCACGUCCCGAGCCCGAGAGCACCCUGGGGGAGGAGGGGACCCGAGUAAGAGAGGUCCUUCUUUGGGCAGCUGUGACGCAUCUGGGUGAGAUGUGGCCCCGCAGGGAGAACCCCCCGCAGAGCAGAGGAACCUCGACCCUGACGUGUGCACGGCAGGUCACGAGGUCUGGGAAGGAGACACUCAAGCCACGGCUCCUGACCACGUCCUCUGCCAGGCACGGGGCCACCAGUCAGCACACCCCUCGGGGCCUGGGCAUCACGUCAUAGGCCCCCCGCUGUCCUGCCUACAAAGACGCCCCGUGAUGCCCUGGACGCUCCCACACUCCUAGGCUGCAAGAGGCCCGGGUAGGAUCACGUGGACCCCCGAGCAGAGUCCCACGAUGGACGUGGGGUGUCUCAGAGCAGGGGGCCCUCUGGGAGCGUGUUCCCCCGCCUUCCAGGCAAUGCAGGCCAUGGACGGCAGUCCCCAGGUGCAGCCCCCACGGGGUGCGUCCCGGACACAGGGGGAGCUUUCCUGAGUUUAGCUGGAAUCUCGGUUUCGUUUUCUUUUCAACAAGCUGUGUGUGGCCAGCGGCACUCGAGUUGGGCUCCACCUGUGAGUCUGGGACAAGGGUCCCUGCGUCCCAGGUGGACCCCAGGUGGAGUUGGGGGCACAGCAGCUGGGCCGGAAGCUCUGAUCCAGCCUGUGCUGGGAGGUCCUGUCGUGUGGAUGGGGCCCUGAGAGGGCCCCCCCCCUCACCCAAGGGUGGAGAGCCUGGGUAGAUGCAGGACUCAGCGCACUUCCUGCCACAGGUGCUCCCCCCAGACCCCAUCCUGGGGCAGCGGCGACAUCAGCUACCAUCCACCCAGAACAGGAGCAGGUGGCUGGGGCACGGCCCUCGCCUUUGUGAUCUGCCGGCUGCUGUAAACUCUCUUCCUUGUUACCCUGUUUCAGGGCUGACUGUUCCAAACUUUAGGAACAUAAAUAAAUGGGACAUUUUUUUCUACCACAUGGUCGUGCUUCUUCUACGGGGUUCUGUUGUGUCAGGGACAUCACCAACAAGCCUCCCCUAGGGAGCGCAGCCCCUGCAACUUUGAGGGGGCAGGGCGUGGGCAGCAGAGCGCCCUCUGGGGUCUGCCUGGUGCACGUCCUUGCCUCCCAUCGGGGGUGAGGGCAGGGGGGGUUCCCACCGUCUCCGCUCACACCUGGCCUGCCUGGCAACGCUGGGGCCCCUGGAGCACGAUGCCGCCCCCUCCCUAGGGGAGGCACUGCUGAGGCUCUGAGGGAACGGCAAGCCGGACUGUGUCUGACGGAGGGUCCCACCUGAGUGUAGGGUUGGGGGGUCUGGGGGGUCCGGCCCGUGUGGGUCCCCAUGAGCGGCACCUGCACCCCCUGCACCCACGUCCAUAUCCACAGCCCUACACACAGCCCAGCAUGUCCCCUGGCCCCUGACUCUUUCUCCCUCCUAGUGCCUCUGUCUGCCUCUCCCCUCCUCCCUCUCUUGAUCUCUGUCUUUGUGGGUCUCUGUCUCUCUGUCUUUCCCUAUCUUACUGUCUCGGUCUCUCUCUCUGUCCCACUGAGGUCCCUCCCAGAGCAGCGCUUGUCCGGGUAGCCUGUCAGGCUAAGUGCUCCAGCCCUGCCUCCAAUGAUGGUGAUAUGGGGGUGGGGCGGAGGUCAAGUCAUUCAGAGAUGAUCGAAUACCCGUCAGAGCUGGAGCUGGAGGGAGGAAGAAUUGUUCUCUGUCCAUCUUGGGUUCUCUUCUGGGGCUCUGUAACAAAGAACAGACUCAUGAGAGAAAAGCACGCAGAUUUACUGAAUAUAAGUUUUUGAUGACAUGGGAGCCGUCAUAAGGAAACGAAGACCCCAGUGGCCUAAGUGUUUCUGGACUAAGUUGAGCGAGGAGGUGAUUGAUUGAUUGUGGAAAAGUAACUACAACACACAGGACAGUAACUUUGACAGUGAACUAUCCUGACGCCCUCUCCGGUGAUGAGAAUGUCUCCCCUCCCGGUUCAGGGAGGGUGGCUUGCCCGGAAUUCCAUCUCCGUUCAGGAAGAAACGGGGUGCGGGGGGGCCAAGCGCCCUUAGCUCAAA